AUGGCGACUACUUCAAUGCCGGAUUAUGACAAAACUGAUGGAACUGAUGAUGUUAAGGUCAAAAUCAUAUGUCUUGGAGACAGUGCAGUUGGGAAAUCAAACAAACCUCAACAGUUAUCAACUUAUGCUUUAACAUUAUUUAAUUAUAAAACUGAACACAAUAAACAGUCAAUUUCAGUUGAUUUUUGGGAUACUGCAGGUCAAGAGAGAUUUAAUAAUAUGCAUCCAUCUUAUUAUCAUCAAGCACAUGCAUGUAUCAUAGUAUUUGAUGCAACGAGGAAAGUGACAUAUAAAAAUUUACCAGAUUGGUUAAAAGAGUUACGAGAAUAUAGGCCUGAAAUACCCUGCUUAUGUGCAGCCAAUAAAAUAGAUGCUGAUCCUGGGGUAACAAAAAGAGCAUUUGGUUUUGCUAAGAAGCACAAUAUGCCCUUUUAUUUUGUUUCUGCCUCAGAGGGUACCAAUGUUGUCAAGUUAUUUAAAGAUGCAAUAAAAGCAGCAGUGGCCUAUAAAAAUAAUCCUACUGAUUUUAUGGAUGAAAUAAUGAAUGAAUUAGAGAAUUUUGAGUUAGAAACAGAUAAGAAUAUUGGAGAGAAAGAAGAGAUCUCAGACAGUGGCUUAGAUUCACCUCAUAGUACAGAUGAUAAACCUAAUUCUUGA